AACCACCUGCUCAGAAUCAUGUUGUAGGAAAUCCGCUUGCGGCGGAUUAUUGUAAUCCGACAGCGGGUCUGAACGGCACAUCGGAUCACCAUUAGAGACAGACACGAAUCCGAAAGGCAGCGGCCCGAAACAGAUGCGCGGCGCCCGAUACUAACGGGAUCAAGGCGGGCUAUGAUCUGAGGCGCGGCGCGGCGCGCGUGCUGGAGCCUGACGUCGGCGCUCUCCGGGCCGCUUCCUUCUCCAUCGAUUCAGCCCGUUUAGAGUGACGGCGGCUCGGGAUUCCCGCCCCGUGUAGCACGGCGCUGGGCACCGCUCGCUUCUGCCGGACGAGAACACCCCCGUACCGUCCCGGUCCGGGUUUUAGUCCGGGUCCGCCUGGAAGCCGAGCCCGGGCGUGUUCUGUGCUGCCGCGAGCCGCGCCGUGAGCUCGCGCGGCUAGCCCGCUCCAGCUAGCUGCUAGCUAGUUCGAAAUUUAGAGUUUGGUUCGGAACCCAGUUCCAGUUCGGGCCGCUGCUCGCUUAGCAGGAAGAUGUCGGCUAAAGACCAGAACAAGCUGUCCACCGUAGAAAGACCCAUUAAAGCGGUGCCGUACCCCCCCGGCACCCGCCUGUCCGUCAAAGACCUGUACGUGGACGGGAGGCCCAGCCUGGAGGUGCUGAAGGCCCACCUGGUGAAGGAGGGGCGCCUGGAGGAGGAGACGGCCCUGCGGAUCAUCAACGAGGGGGCGGCCAUCCUGCGGCAGGAGAAGUGCAUGCUGGAGGUGGAGGCUCCCAUCACAGUGUGUGGGGACGUUCACGGGCAGUUCUUCGAUCUGAUGAAGCUUUUUGAGGUGGGGGGCUCCCCCAGCAACACCCGCUACCUGUUCCUGGGAGACUACGUGGAUCGGGGCUACUUCAGCAUCGAGUGCGUCCUGUACCUGUGGGCUCUGAAGAUCAACUACCCCGACACGCUGUUCCUCCUCCGGGGCAACCACGAGUGCCGACAUCUCACAGAGUACUUCACCUUCAAGCAGGAGUGUAAAAUCAAGUACUCGGAGCAGGUGUACGACGCCUGCAUGGACGCCUUCGACUGCCUGCCUCUGGCCGCUCUCCUCAACCAGCAGUUCCUCUGCGUUCAUGGAGGCCUGAGCCCCGAAAUCACCUGCCUGGAUGACAUUCGAAAGCUGGACCGGUUCAAAGAGCCCCCGGCGUUCGGGCCCAUGUGCGACCUGCUGUGGUCGGACCCCGGAGAGGACUACGGGUCCGAGAAGACCCAGGAGCACUUCUGCCACAACAGCGUCCGCGGCUGCUCCUACUUCUACAGUUACCCGGCGGUCUGUGACUUCCUGAUGAACAAUAACCUGUUGUCUGUAAUCCGAGCACACGAAGCCCAGGAUGCAGGGUAUCGAAUGUACAGAAAAAGCCAGACGACGGGCUUCCCGUCUUUAAUUACCAUCUUCUCUGCUCCCAACUACCUGGACGUGUACAACAACAAAGCUGCGGUGCUGAAAUACGAGAACAAUGUGAUGAACAUCAGGCAGUUCAACUGCUCCCCCCACCCCUACUGGCUGCCUAACUUCAUGGACGUCUUCACCUGGUCCCUGCCGUUCGUCGGGGAGAAAGUGACGGAGAUGCUGGUGAACGUGCUGAACAUCUGCUCCGACGACGAGCUCAUGUCUGAAGGAGACGACACGGGCGAGGGUGGCGCUCCAGCCGUCAGGAAGGAGGUGAUCAGAAAUAAGAUCCGGGCGAUUGGGAAGAUGGCCCGCGUCUUCUCUGUGCUCAGGGAGGAGAACGAGAGCGUGCUGCAGCUGAAGGGGCUGACCCCCACGGGGACGCUGCCUCUGGGAGUCCUGUCCGGAGGACGACAGACCCUUAAGCACGCAACGGUAGAGGCAGAGGAGGCACGAGCCAUCCAGGGCUUCAACCCGCAGCAUAAGAUCCAGAGCUUCGAGGAGGCCCGCGGUCUGGACCGCAUCAACGAGAGGAUGCCCCCCCGCCGCGACAGCAAGCAGCAGGAGCUGCCCCCCUCCCUCUACAACCUACCAGCCGGCGCCGGACCCCCGGACAAAAAUGGCACCAACGCUCAGGCCUAGUCCCCCCGUUCCUCCCUCUCUCUUUCCUGCCUCCUCCCCCCGCCCCCUUUUUGGGGGGGGGGGGUCGGUUCGAGCGGUUAUUUAUUUUCUCAUCGAUUAAAAAUCGUAGUUUGAGACUGAAGGGAGGAACGACGGAGCGCCUUUGUUUCUAUUCAGUCUGGGGGGAGGGGGGGUCAGGGAGGGGCUCAUUCAGAUGCUGUUUCUGCUCACACACACACACCUUUCUUAUGCCAACAACAGUGUGACUGAGCUCUGCGGGGCGAGUAUUCGUUUCUGUUCCUCUUUCAAUGUGACGCUUUUCUGUUUUUUACACACUUAAACUUAUGUAAAGGGGGGGGGCAUGAAGCUACCACAGUCUUCCUCACUGAUCUUCAUCCAGAAGGAAUCUGUGGAAUCAGAUUUCUGGAAAACCAAAUUCCAAAAACCUGAAAUCUGCUUUUUGGGGUUUAGAGUAAAAACUGAUUUAAAUCAUGAAAUUAGAGAUAAAAACAGAAAUUCUCCCCAGAAAACUAAAUGGACCUUAAUGAAUGAAUAACCAUGGGGGGGGGGGCAGUGUCUUAUAUGAACAUAUCUAAAUGUACAGAAGCGUUUUGCUUGCGGCUCGCUUUGAAACUUUGUGGAUUUCAUGGCUCAUUUCUGUACAACUGUCACUCAUUCAAUAAACAACCCAAAGCUGUA